GUAGAUCAUCGUAAAGGAGGGCCUCACAGACCAGACACGGGUUGAGAGAAGGGCUUGGGGGCUUGGGGUCUGCCACCCCACCCAGCCCAGGAGGGCCCCACAGUCGGACCUUGCCCCAGCUCUGUGACUUGGCUGAGGAAGACAAAGCUGCAGAGAGCCAGAGGAGACCCCAAGAGGAGCAAAGACCCGGUGCUCACACACACAGGUGGCCGGCCAGGCCCCUCCAGGCCCUGGCUUCUCUGCAUCACUAAGGAGAGGCAGCACCAUGCUGGGUCCCCACCUCCCACCUCCACCCCAUGGACUCAACGAAGACAGGCCUACCCCCUUCCGGAUCCCUGAUGGGAGCUACAGGUGUCUGGCCCUGGAAGCUGAGGAGAGCAGCAGUGAGGAGGGCCUGCAGGGAGAGUCAGGGCUCAUGAAUUUGCAGGAGGACAGGGUGGCCAACAGGAACAGGGACAACUCUGCCUGCAGAGCCACCCAAGGGGCACCAGAGCUGCCCAAUGCCCUGGGCACCCAGCGACCUGCCUGCUCCAGGGAAGCACGAGAGGGGCCCCAGCGAGAUAGCAGGGCCAGCCAGGACUGGGACGCAGCGAAGGCUCAGCAGGCGAUGACAGCCAGCCUCAGCCCCCGCACUGGGCCCAGGGUCGCCCAGAAACCAGCGUUGGGCCAGAGCACUAGCCUCACCGAGAGAGAUCUGAAAGAGGCCAAGGCCCGGAGUCAACAGAUCGCUGCCCAGCUGACCACCCCUCCCAGCUCCAACUCCCGGGGCGUCCAGCUCUUCAACAGGCGCCGGCAGAGAGUGAACCAGUUCACCUCGGAGAACCAGGGCCUGAGGGGCCCCAAGCCCAGCCAGGAGUCCCUCAGAACGCCCCCUGCCAGCCCUGCAGGCUAUGCCUCAGGGCUCUGCUUGAGUCCCCCCUCACUGCCUGAACCAGGCCCUCCAAGCAACCCCGACCUCCGGAGCCCUGACGCGGGGGUCCCUGCUCACAGCAUGGAGGGAUGCUCAGAGAAAGCCAACUUGCUGCGGCACCUGGAGAAGGUGGCCAGCGAGGAGGAAGAGGUCCCGCUGGUGGUUUAUUUGAAGGAGAAUGCAGCCCUGCUGACGGCCAAUGGGUUGCACCUGUCCCAGAACCGAGAGGUCCAGCAGAGCCAACCAAGCCCGCCCACGACAGAGGCCCACAGCCCAGCUGCAGAUGGCAACCAGAACCUGUCCUCACUCAGUGCCACCCUCACCACACCAGCUCCUAACAGCAACCACAGCCUGCCAGCUGCAGACAUCAACCAGAACCCACCGGCGACUGUCACCCCGCAGAGCCUGCCGCUCUCAAACAGCCAGCAGCCCUCGGAGGCACAGCUCCCUCCCAAUGGCACGGCGUCAGAUUGCAAACCCAGCAGCCUGUGUUCCAGCGGGCAGCCCCCAGAGCCAGCUGCGGAGGUGAGAUCCAGCACACUUCUGAUUGAUAAGGUGGCAGCUCCACCUACCACCACCAACACCUUCUCCAGAGAAACUACUCCCAUCUCCGACUCUGGGACCCCAGCCCCGGAUUUCAUGUCCAGCUCCCUGCUCAUCGAUGUACAGCCCAGUGUCCCAGUGGUGCCAACAGAACAAGAGACGUCUGGGUGGGCAGCCACGCCCACGCCCACCAAGCUAUACAGUGAGGUCCACUUCACACUGGCCAAGCCCCCAUCAGUGGUCAACAGGACCGCCAGACCCUUCGGCAUCCAGGCGCCGGGGAGCACCAGCCAGAUGGAGCGGAGCCCCAUGGUAGAGAGACGACAUCUUGGGGAGAAGGCCUUGGCUUCCCAGCCCCCCAUCGUGGCAGACAGGAGCCCUCGGCCACAGAGACACAUGAUGUCCCACAGCCCCAUGGUGGAAAGGAGGUCCGUGGCACAGCGAAGCCCUGCCUUGGAGAGACGCCCCUUGGGGAACUUCACUCCACCUCCCACCUAUGCCGAGACCUUGUCCACGGCCCCCCUGGCUCCCCGGGUUAGGUCUCCCCCCUCCUACUCUGCCCUUUACCCCAGCUCCGACCCCAAGCCUUCUCAUCUGAAGAGCCAGGCGGUUCCUGCCAGCAAGACGGGCAUUUUGGAGGAGUCAAUGGCCCGCAGGGGCAGCCGGAAAUCCAUGUUCACUUUCGUGGAGAAGCCCAAGGUGACCCCGAAUCCAGACCUGCUGGACCUGGUACAGACGGCUGAUGAGAAGCGGAGGCAGAGGGACCAGGGGGAGGCAGGCGUGGAGGAGGAGCCCUUCGCGCUGGGGGCUGAGGCCUCCAACUUCCAGCAGGAGUCAGCACCCCGGGACAGGGCCAGCCCCGCGGCGGCCGAGGAGAUCCUCCCGGAGUGGGCCUCCUGCCUCAAGUCACCGCGCAUCCAGGCCAAGCCGAAGCCCAAGCCCAACCAGAACCUGUCCGAGGCCUCCGGGAAGGGGGCCGAGCUCUAUGCCCGCCGCCAGUCCCGGAUGGAGAAGUAUGUCAUCGAGUCCUCGGGCCACACCGAACUGGCCCGCUGCCCUUCACCCACCAUGUCCCUGCCUUCAUCCUGGAAAUAUUCCACCAAUGCUCCUGGCGGCUUCCGAGUGGCCUCCCGGAGCCCAGCCCGGACCCCGCCCGCCUCCCUCUACCACGGCUACCUGCCUGAGAAUGGGGUCCUGCGCCCCGAGCCUACCAAGCAGCCGGCCUACCCGCUGCGGGCCUCGCUCUACGUCCUCUCGCCCAUCAAGGAGCCUGUCAAGGCCUCGCCGAGAGCUGCCUCGCCCGCCAAGCCCAGCUCCCUGGACCUGGUGCCCAGCCUGCCCAAGGGGGCCCUCCCGGCGUCGCCCGCCCUGCCUCGGGCCUCCCGCUCCUCACCGGGCCUCUACACCUCUCCUGGCCAGGACGGCCUCCAGCCCACGGCCGUGAGCCCAACCUACAGCAGCGAUAUCUCCCCCGUGUCGCCCUCCAGGGCGUGGUCUCCCCGAGCCAAGCAGGCCCCCAGGCCUUCCUUCUCCACCCGGAAUGCUGGGAUCGAGGCUCAGGACCGCCGCGAGAGCCUGCCCACCUCCCCGCCCUGGACGCCCGGCGCCUCCCGGCCCCCCAGCAGCCUGGACGGCUGGGUGAGCCCGGGGCCGUGGGAGCCGGGCCAGGGCGGCAGCAGGAGCAGCCCCCCGCCGCCCCCGCCGCCCCCGCCGCCCCCGCCGCCCCCGCCGCCCAGGUCCCCCUCGUGGAGCGAGCGCUCGCCGUCCCCGCUGCGGCCCGAGGCCGAGGCGCGGCCCCCCAGCCGCCAGCUGCAGGCGCUCCUGGCGCGGAACAUCAUCAACGCGGCCCGGCGCAAGAGCGCCUCCCCGCGGCCGCCGGGCGCAGACAGCCUGCGGCCCUUCUCGCCGCCCGGGGCGCCCCCGCCCGCGCCCCCGCCCGCGCCCGCGCCCCCGCCCCCGCCGCGCCUGCGCUCGCCGCAGCCCGCCCGGCCCGGCCCCGCCGCCGCCCCCGGCCCCGCCCCCGCCCCCGGCCCCGGCCCCGGCCCCGGCCCCGCCGCCGCGUUCUCCCCGAUUCCGCGGAGCCCGCUGUCGGCCGCGCCCUCGCCCUGCGCCAGCCCCCGGAGCCCGCUGCCCGCGCCGCCCCGGCCCUUCCCCUACCGCCGCUCGCCCACGGACUCCGACGUGUCCCUCGACUCCGAGGACUCCGGGGCUAAGUCGCCCGGGAUCCUCGGCUACAACAUCUGCCCCCGCGGCUGGAACGGCAGUGUGAGGCUCAAGCGCGGCAGCCUCCCCGCCGAGGCCCCCUGCACCACCUAGAGCCGCCCCCGCCCCAUCCCCACCCGGGAGGGCUGAGCCAGAGGAAGAGGCCAGGGGCUUGGUGGAUCCCAGCACCUCGUCCCGGGGUGCAGUGGAGAUGGGGGGCUGGCCUCUUUGGACGAGGGGUCCGGCGAGGAGCGCCCUGGGCUUGGGGCUGGGGUAGUGAUCCAAGCCUGGGCCUAGCGCUGCGUCCAUCAUUCAGGCAUUGGGUGACCCUGGGCAAGACCCUUCCUCUUCUCACCUUCAGCUUUCCCAUCUGUUUAAUGGGACUCUGGCCACGGCAAUCUUCGCAGGUCUAAAUUCUCCCUCCCCUCCCAUCAAUACACGUGCACACGCACACGCCUGCCUUGGAGGAGUGGGGGUGUUGUGUAUACGGACCCCUAGAGUCACUGCAGUUCAGGGUUCCAGACUCCUCCCUCCCUUCCUGGCUCUGCUCUCUGGAGUCUGGCAGAUGAGGGGUGUGUUCAGAAGAUCCUAGGCCUGAGUUCCCUGUCCAGGCUCCGGCUUGAGCAUCGCCUCCCUGGCACCGAGUCGCAGGCAGAAGCAGCUGUUUUCCACCCCUUCCCAGACAAGCUCUAUUUUUACCACCGUGACCUUUAGAGAGAUCUCCCAGGCCAGCUCAAGGUGCCCUGCUGGUCCCUCUGGGACAAGAGGUGGAAAGAUUCCUCCUCCCAGAUCUCUCGUGUUUUUCCCACCCCAGGUCACACUAUCAGGGCAUCUUAUCUGCUGCCAGAGAGGACAGCUGGAAGGUGACAACGUCUGUCCCCAGCCCCAGGACGUGGGCCUCCAGGAAUGCUAUGGGUGCCUCCGACACAUCUAUCUUUUCUGGGCCCUUUCAUGGCAGGUGCCAGGCUCAAAGCUGAGCUGGGGAGAGAGUUGCUGAUAUGGAGCUAUCUGCCAUCCUGUGGCUUUACCUGAUGGCCCCGAGUUUGAGGUUGCUUACUUAGAAAAGGGAAGGCAAGAGUUCCUUGUUGUGAGAGGUAUUCAAGCAGUAGCCAGGAUGCACAGAGGAGAUUCUAGUAGGAAAAGGAUUGGCUCGGAUGACCUCUGAGGGCUCUCCCAGUCCUGAAAUACAUACAUUCCAUGCUGUUAGGAAGGGAGCAGAUAGAUGGUGGUGGAGGAUUGGCUGGGCAGCAUUCCAGGCAGAGGAGCACGGGUGGGUGAGUGAGAGGUUAGACUAGAGUCUGCCUGUGUUUCUGGUUCCUUAGGAAGUACCCCAUGGUUCAGUGUUAGGCCCCAGUAUCCACAUGAUGCCCAGAUGAGUGGGCACCAUUUUGCCCCAUCCCUUUCCCAUUACACUGUGGCCUAGCUAGUGCCUGGUGCCCAGUGACCUUGAGGAGCCUGGCUGCAGGCCCUAGCCUGUUCCCUAGACCUGGGUGGUUCCAUUCCAAUCUCCUGGAGAGGGACAAGGGAGGAAUGUGGCUAAAUUCUAGUUUCCAGAGUUGGCUGGUGGUGCCCUCUAGAGGUUCAGAAUAUCACCUUCAGAAUACUGAGUGCAGAGGAAAGGUAGGGUUGGGGUAUUGCAAUUGGCUGAGGAUCCAAGCGAUGUAGGAGGAAGGAUUCCAGGAUGUUGCUAACAGUUGAGGGACCCAGUGUGGUCCAGGGUUAGGUGUAGACUUACCUACCCAUCAGGUGAUGUUAGACCUGGAACCCCUAGGGAAAGCUAGGGAAAGCUGGGGUCAGGGUGGGAGAGAGUUGGAUGGGGAUGCUUUGGAAUUAAGGAGUAAUCCCAGAGGGUGCCUAGGGCCUGAGGAUUGGGAACACAGGCCCUGACAGUGGGAAGGUAAGAGGGUGCUCCUGCUUGAUCCAGGAUGAGUGGCCACAUUUACUAAAGUCCCCGUCUGCUACAAGUUUCCUUGUAGCUUGGGAGGCUGGGGCUAAGGGCCUCUUUCAUAGAAGAGACGCUGUCAGGCCACUGGUCAGUGCAGAGGCAUAGAAAAAAACCACUCUGCCUGCAUUUCCCCAAAGAACCAGCAGGAGGCAGCCCUGGGAAGCUGCAGUUCCGCAGGGCUGCUCUCCCUGUCACUGCCUUCUCCCCAGAUCCUCUCCUCUAGCCCACUAGAGACUGCCUGUGUUCUGCCCCUUGCCUCCUGUAGAAUUCAUCUCCGGCCCUCAAUAAAUGCUUCUGCAUCCUCCUGU